AUGGGAUUCUGGGUUGACUGGGAACUUUGGGAGAAAAUGUGCUUUGUUCUUGGUUGCCUUAUUGUCAUAGUUGUCGCCUAUGGGCUUGGAGUCCAAAUCUAUAAUUCUCGGAGGAUUAAAAGAAUGGCCGCAACCGAAAGGGAAGUGAAGUCACAGCAGGGCGCAACGUUUGUACUCGACGACCUUAAAAAUGAUGAUAUACCGUUUGGGUCGCGAGCGAUCGAGAGUGGGAUCGAGGUAGAAGGAAUUUGGAUCUCAAGUCACAAUUCCCCCCGCCGGAGCCCCCUGCAAGCAGGCACCCCCCAAGAAACCCGACCACCUAGUCUUGGGCAAGGUGAAAACGCCUGA